CUACAUUUAAUAAUGCAUGUUUCUGCCAACUUAGCUAUGCUCACGGGGACACAACUUUCUUGUUUUUAUCGUGCUCAAUAAUGUCCUGAUGAAAUAUCAACAGAAAGUGGUAGGAUAUGACUCAUUAUACAACUUUCUUUCUUUUCCAUGGCUUUACUAGUCCUCUACUUGUCAUAUAUUUUCUUCUUUAUUCUCUUAGCCAUUGUUGUACAAAAAGUAGGAAAGAAGCUCAAGAACACAGACCCUUUUAACCUCCCUAAUGGACCUAGAAAGCUACCAAUUAUAGGAAAUAUACACAAUCUGUUAAGCUCUCAACCACAUCGAAAACUACGAGACUUGGCAAGAGAAUAUGGACCCUUGAUGCAUCUCCAACUUGGAGAGAUUUCCUUUAUUGUCAUUUCAUCACCAGACUGUGCUAGGGAGGUGAUGAAAACUCAUGAUAUUAACUUUGCAACCAGGCCUCAAGGCCUAUCUUCAGAUUUAAUUGCUUACAAUUCCACAGGUAUAGUUUCUUCUCCUUAUGGUAAUUAUUGGAGACAGUUAAGAAAAAUUUGCACAUUGGAGCUUUUGAGCCUAAAACGCGUCAACUCCUACCAGCCGAUUAGAGAAGAAGAGUUCUCCAAUCUUGUCAAAUGGAUUGCUUCGAAGGAAGGAUCACCCAUCAACCUCACUCAAGCUGUACUUUCUUCAAUAUACACUAUUGUUUCAAAAUCUGCCUUUGGCAAGAAAUUCAAAGACCAAGAAAAAUUUAUAUCAGCAGAAAAAGAGAUAUUAAAGAUUGCAGCAGGUUUUGACUUAGCAGAGUUAUUUCCUUCCAUUACAUGGAUGCAUUUUUUUACUGGUUUAAGGCCUAAGCUUGAAAGGGUGCAUAGGGUGGUGGAUCAGAUAAUGGAAAACAUCAUCAAUGAGCACAAAGAGGCCAAGUCAAAGGGAGAAUUUGACCAAGUUGAAUCAGACGAAGAUCUGGUAGAUGUUCUCUUAAAAUAUCAAGAUGGCAAUAACAAGGAAUUUUUCUUAACUAUAGACAAUAUCAAGGCCAUAAUCAUGGACAUUUUUGGUGCUGGAGGUGAGACAUCAGCAAGCACCAUAGAUUGGGCAAUGGCAGAAAUGGUAAAGAAUCCAAGAAUAAUGAAGAAAGCACAAGCUGAGGUGCGAGAGAUUUUCAAUAUGAAAGGAAGGGUUGAAGAGAAUUGUAUCAAUGAACUUAAUUAUUUGAAAUCAAUUGUCAAAGAAACCCUGAGGUUACACCCUCCGGCACCACUUUUAAUACCGAGAGAAUGUGCUCAAUCAUGUAAGAUAGACGGUUAUGACAUUCCAACUAAGACUAAGGUGAUAGUCAAUGCUUGGGCAAUUGCAAGAGAUCCAAAUUACUGGACCGAACCAGAGAGGUUUUAUCCAGAGAGAUUCAUCGAUAGUGAUAUUGACUAUAAAGGGAGUAACUUUGAGUAUAUUCCUUUUGGUGCGGGACGAAGAAUAUGUCCAGGGAGCAUAUUUGGUUUGCGAAGUGUUGAGCUAGCCCUUGCAAAGUUGUUGUACCAUUUUGAUUGGAAGCUUCCUAAUGGAAUCAAAAGUGAAGAAUUGGACAUGACUGAGAAAUUUGGUAUCACAGUGUGUAGAAAAGAUGAUCUAUUAUUGUUACCUUCUGUUUAUCAUCAUUUGCCUGUUAAGUGAGCGUAACGUAAAGAUACAAUUAAUAAUGUGUAUGGUAGGCGCAGCCCCAAGUAAUUGUAAUACAAAUAAUCUAAAACUUCAAAUGUUGCAAAUCAUGAUGCAGCAUGUGCCUGAAAAUGUAGAGUCAAAUGAAUAUUCAAAACUAAAUAAUUUACUACCAACAAAUAAAUAAUUGAUCU